AUGAACAAAAGCUACCGGUCAUCUAUCACGCUCACCAGUGGUCGUAUUGCAGAGAAACCCAUGAAAGGAAAGGCGGUGAUGGCGGGUUGGGGCGCAGCCUUAUUUGGUGUCACGCGUACCCUUGCGCUUGACUUGGCCCCUAUUAGAAUCAAUCUCGUCAGUCCCGGAACGACGGAUACAGAAAUCCAAGGGGAGAAAUGGGAAAUGAAGAUGGCGGCUGCUGCGGAAAGAGCGCUCCUAGGGAAGGUGGGAACACCCGAGGAGGUCGCCGUGGCCUUUAUAUAG